AUGGAAAUAACGCCAUCAUCAGACAAGGAGCAGUGGCUCUCUGAUGUGAAAUAUACACUCGAAACGGAUGGAUUUGCUCCCUUUGCAGACAGCCUUCGCCCUCUCUUCAAAGGGUUCAAGAAAUGACUCCAAUCUUCCGAAGUCGACUUACUUUUGCUGUGCUACCAAACAAUCAUUGGAAGCCUUCCCAAAAUUUUAGAGCAUAGUGAAACGGAAGCAGAGUUCGUUAAGUUAAUUCCAACGUUUAUUGAAAACCUUGGAAGUCAGAAGACUGUUGUCAGAAAGCAUACUCACAGAUGAAUUGCCUCAUAUGUAAAAUUAUCCCUAAAACUUGAAUUAGUUCUUAACUAUAUUAUCAACGUAGGUCUGAUUCACACAAUGCAUAGGACGAGGCAACAUUCAAUGCUUGUGAUUCCAGCUCUCCUCUCCCUCAAGAAGACCUGAGUCAAAAAGAAAGACCCCGAAAUUGUCGAGCUCGUAGAUUCUGUGGCUGGAAAGUUAUUCGACCAAUCCGAAGUAGUCCAGAAAACAGCUAAAUAAACUCCUCGUUGAACUAAAAAGAGUCUAUCCUACAGAUACACCUAAGAUAAUUGAUAAACUACCAGAGAAAAAGCAUCGAAAUUGAUGCAGAAAAGUACUCGAUUAUGUCCUUGAAAGCGAAUCAGAGGAAGAGGAAGAAGAUCAAGAAGAUGAAAUUGAUCCUCCAAAAAAAAUACAGCCUUCAAGUACAUACCAGCCUAACCAGCCUCAGAAUCCUAACAGAAGAGCUGCCAGACAGAUCACUCCUGAGAAAGCCACUCUUCCAGAUUAUCGAGAUCAUGAGGAAAGACCUUCUGUCAGGUCUAACUCUGAGAUGCUAGUCCACCAAGACAAGCAAGGCGGUUCUCAGCAUAUUUCAAAGUCAAAACCUAAAAUUGCAUCUGCCAAAUCAAAGCCUUUCAAUGUCAGAGAUACUCCGAAGAAAUCUAGUGCUUGUGCUCCAAGCCCUUUGAAUCCUCCGGAGCGAAGUUAUGGGCACGAGGCAGUCCCAUCUGAGGAUAGGACCAGAAGCAAGUUCAUUUCAGAUAGCACAAGAGAUGUCAGGAAUGAUAUCAAUGAUAAUAGAAGUAAUAAGAACAGCAAUGGCAACAAGCAAAGACCUUCUAAGUUCGAAGAGCAAGAACCCAAGUCACUUUCGAACACCCACGUCUUUGAUGCAAAUAACGGAAGCAUCGCUGCUGUUUCAAACGAGCAGUCAAGAAAGUCGAUGAACAACCUUCACUUGCUCAAAGGCCAGAAGAAGCUCACUCAGGAAAGAAGCCAGAAGAGUGUUCCUAAACAGCCUUCGAAUCAUCAGGCAAAGCAGGAUGCGAUGCAAGCAGUGAGGCCUCCAAUAAACACUUCUGCUUCUCAGUCUUCACUAAGCAGCAUGCCUGGGGUCAUGGACCUGGGUUCUCAGAAGCAGUCUCCGAGCAUCAUGAAGCCUCGUGAAGAAAAGAGACAUGAAACCAUUGUUGUACAGAAACAGCAGAAGACAAAGCCCUUGAUUGGAAAGCAAGCUCCCAACGCAAUCCGAAGGCACGAGACCAUGAACAGCUUUGGUGAGGAAAGCAGUCAAGACCCCACUCUGACAGCCAACACUUUGGUUCCCCAAAAGUUGCAGACAGAACCAGAGGAGGCCUCCAAGAAGUCUCUCAGCAGCCUAGGCAACAUCCGUGUUGAGAAGCAAGACUCUAGCGAACCCAGCGAGGCUGAUGACGAAAGCGACGAAGAAGAGUUCCCUGUUGCUUUGAACGGACUGGUAUUUUCAUUCUUGCCUCCUGAUGUAGCAGAAAAGCUCAACGACCAGAAAGAGUGGAAAAACAGAGUUUCCGCACUACAAGAAACUGAAACUUUAAUAAAAUAAGCAGUUUUCAAGGCCGAACGAAGACUUCCAAAUCUACAUCACCGAUAUUUGAAAGAAAAUGAGCAAGAUGAUUGAUGAUAGCAACUUCAAAAUAUCGUUGACUUCCCUGAGGAUCAUCCACAAUCUCUGCAUGAAGUAUCCCAAAGAGAUUGCCAAUGUGUUGCCUGAGCUUGUAAAUAAUUUGUCCAAUAAACUCUCCGAUAACAAAAUUGUGAUCAGGCAUGCAGUGCUCAAAGUGUUCCAUGUGCUUGCAGUUUCUCUUGGAGCUGAAGAAAUUGUGAAGCUAGUUCAUCCGUUCCUUAAGAGCGAUAACUGGCACAUCCGUGAAGAAAUUCUCAUCAUCUUAAUCAUGGCUUGCAUCACUUCAAACUCAACGUGAGGUUUGUCUGAGCCCGAGAUGAUCAGUCAGAUUUGAAGCAUGACCAACGACCCCAAAGAUAAAGUAAGUCAGACUGCCUUUGAGACGCUGUGCAUUGUUCUGUCCAAAGACUCCAGCACUGCCAUCAUCCUCAACAACUACCUAGACGCUCAGAUUUAUAAUUCAAUCAGCGAGAGAUGCUUUGCUGGCAAACUGGCUUCAGUGAACUACGAUGGAAUUGUGGAGUUUCCAACUCCGCAAACCCAGAACUCAAAUAACUUGCUCUAUUCUUCAAGCUACUCAGCGAGUCAAGAAUCACAGAGUGUUGCUGCAAACGAUCAUAAUAGGCAGAUGAAAAGCACAGAUCAGACAGUGUACUCUCAAAAUUUCUACCACCAAAGUACAGCUCUUGAUGACAGGCCAAGAGUCACCAACUAUAGUCAACACACUUUUGACAAAGGAGGGAGCACCACGAGCAGCAUCGGAAACAAAAACUGGUUGCCUGGUUUCAACAUGACAGCGAGCAGCAUCAAAAGUGAGCAACCAGUCAGGGUCUCCAAGGAACCAAUUAUGCAAACUCCGAUCCAGUAUUCCAACAAAAUCAGCAACGAACGCAAACUUGAUCGCAACAUCAGCAACACCGUGAACAAGAACUUGGACUACACUCCAGAGACACAUAAGGGAAGCCAGAGAAGGUUUGGAAGCGUCAACAACCCCUCGAUGACUGCUCACAGCAUGAAUGUGGGUGCCUCCAAUACAAACUCAUUCGCCCAGCCUCAGUCCAAAAGUCAUGCAGCUCAGAACGAGUAUUACGAAGAAGCUAAAUCAGCGAUGGAUGCUCAUCACAGGACCGAGUACAACCAAAGCAACCUGCACAAGAACAGACCCACAGACUACGUGUCUGACAAAGCAGAUAACUCUGCUGCAAACCAAAUUCCUGGCAAAGGCCCCAUCAAACCUGUGGCCCUGACCAAGCCGACGUCAAACCAGUCAGAGUCCAUGUAUAGUGGCCUCCCAAGCAGCGUAGAUGACGACUCGCAGACUGAAGGUAGGCAUCACAGUGUGGAGUCACGCAACAGAGCCAAGAACUCUCUUUCACAGAAGAAGCCUCCACUCAAAGGCAAAAAGACCAGAGGCAGCGGAAGCGAACGGGCUCACUCCAUCGAUGACAGAGAAUCCAAGAAAGACAAGUUGCUGUCUCCUGAGGCCCAAUGGAAGCAGAUUGCCUCUGAUCUCAGAGGCAAAGACGAUUGGGAGAAGCAGUUCAAAGCUUGCAACAUAAUCAAAGACUUUUCUUCUGAGCACUCGGGUCUGUUCCAGAGUUCUGAUCCCGACUUUAGUGACAUCAUGGCUGAGCUUUCAAACUUGUGAAAUUCACUGAGAACCCAGCUUUCAAGAAACGCUCUCGGAACCUUCGCUAUCAUAUUUGAGAAUUGUGGCAAGAACGUUGACUGAAUUCUCGAGAACGUCAUCCCCAUGCUUCUAAAAUAAGGCUGCUGACACCAACGCCUUCAUCGCUGAAGAGGCCGAGAAAGCUCUGGUCAAGGCUUGCGAGAACUGAUCGGAGGCGAAGCUUGCAUCUGCAGCGCUGUCUCUGUCUAAAGUCAGAACCAACGGAGUCAAAGAGAAAAUCCUUGUUGCAGUCAACACCAUUAUCGAAAAGCUGCAAGGCAAGAUCAAGACUUUCAAAGACAGAGAGCGGAUUGUGGCUUUCCUUGCUUCAGGCAUGAAUGAGGCAGCUCUCGAAGUCAGAAAUGCUGCCAAGUCAGGGUUCUUGAUCCUGAAGUCCUGAAUGAAAAAUGCUGAGUUCGAGAAACUCGUCAUGAGGUCUACCACUGAGCGUAACUACACCAAAGUGAUUGACUUCUUAGAAAAAGAGUCGACCAGCAGCGACAAAUUCAUGAUUACAAAUGGAAUUUCGACUAAAGGCACUUUCUACUACAACAAAACGAGAGCCAGCAAGCCAAAGGCAUCUGCAACUGGAGACUAUGGAGACAUGGAAUCCACUGGCUCAAGGUUCUCAAAGACCAAGUCUUCAAUCUACAAGAAGAGUUCGGCCACAGGCUAUGGUAAAACUAACUUUGAGCUCAUCAGCACCGACGUGCAAGAGAAGUUCCAGGAAAUCAUCGGCAUGUUCCAGGAAACCGACUGGAAGAAACGAGUGUCUGCGCUGAAAUCCCUUUCUAACUUCAUCCAGGAAGAAGAGAAGCUGAUCAACAAAAGCAAAAAGUUCUUUCAGAUCAUCGAUGUGAUGGUCCAGUGCUUGAAAGACAACAACACCAAAGUCGUGACAGCUGCCCAAGACAUCUUCACGAACGUGAUGUCUCAGAUCAAAAUGCUCAUCGAGAAGGGCGCCAGCUUGGUCAUCGAAGGACUUGCAGCCAACAUUGUGUCGUCAAAUGCUAUGGUCAAGAACUGAGGCGUCGCCCUAAUGAAAUAAACUUGUUCUGAACGAAGAACUCGAAUGUUCGGUGUUCAUCCAGCCAAUGUGCCACCAGAUCCUUCAGGGUAAAGCCAAGGCCAGAGCCAUCAUUCUCGGAGUGAUCUGUGAAGUCGUCGAAAUUGUGUAUGAAGUCAAGGCGGCCUCAGUGACCAAGCACAUUUACAACCUGUGUUCGAAACUGCUCGACGACACGAGUGUAAAAGGAGACAUGAAGAGGUCUCUCUACCAUCUAAUCAUCAAGCUGCACGAACUUGCAGGAGAUAACUUUGUGAGUUCGGUUGCCUCUCGCCACACAGACAAAGUGUGGACGAUUUUGAAGAGCGAAACAACCUCUGUAUUUUCAACUUAAUUCCAAGAA